CCCUCCCCUCCUGCCAGGUCUGCAGUCAACGGAAACCUCCCAGAUUCGCCGACCCUAUUCGAAGGACCUGACCCUGCUAAACUGCUCCUCAUGGGCGGUUACCUGGGCAAACUUGGCAUGCCACAGCCUGCGCCCGCGCAGGAGGGCAGGGAUCAGCAGGAGAGGCUGGACCGCUGCCCAGCUGCCUGGCCCCCGCCUCCCGCCCUGCGGAACCAUCAUGUUCACCACGUUUGGCCCUCGCUCCCCACACCUUUGCUCCGGGCCCCCAGGAGGCCUUGCCACAGGGACUGUGGGACUUCAUCAAAGCGCUACGUAAUGACACCUCGAAGGUGGCAUCCGCUCCGACAGGCCCGGUAUUCCCUUCUGGGGGUACUUCCCACAGUGUGCUGGGAUGGUUGCCCCAGCAAGAAGAUCCUGCUGUCUGUUCGUCAUUUCAGGAGGGUGGGCGGCCCAGUGCCUGUGAGGAUCCCCCCUCUUGACAGAAAAUGGACUCGUUCUGCAGGACCAGAGCAGGUGAUCAGCUCAGCACUGUCCUCGCCACCACCUGAUGCCCCAAACCCAAGGGCAAAGGAUACUGUCCAGAGUGCACUCCAAGACAGGACCAAAAAGACAGUGGGUGGAGAAGACCAAAUAUUUGCGGAUGGUCAGGAAAGUCAAAGAAGGUGCCACGACAGCAGUGGGACUGCACAUUCAGCCCUUGAGCCCCUGGUGGCCAAAGGAGUCCCGGCUUCUUUGGUGCCUGAGCCUGAGUCUCUGAAGAGAGGUCCCGAUUCCCAGAGCUCAGAGAACCCCUUGAAUAAGAGAUCGUGCUCCUCCUGUGCGAGCUCCUUGGCCAGCACGUACACAUGUGGCAUCCCUGUCCACAGCCGCAAUGCCAUUAGCAGUUCCUACAGCUCUACCCGAGGCUUCUCACAGCUCCAGAAGAGAAGAGGCCCCAGUUCCUCACCCUCUUCAUCCCACUCCCAGACACAACAGAGGCCAGCAAAGAAAAUAAGAGGAGAGGAGCCGGGUCAUCAUUCCAGGUCUUCAACUCCACCGCUUACAGACAAGGAGUCCCAGGGAGAGAAGGCUGCAGACACCACCACGUGGAAGGAACAAAACUCCUGGAGUUCCCCAUCUACACCUGGCAGCUCUAGGCCACGAAAACGCAAGUUUCAGCUGCUGCCAUCUAGGCGAGGGGAACUGCUGACUUUGCCUCCACCUCCCCAGCUUGGCUAUUCAGUCACUGCUGAAGACCUGGACUUAGAAAAGAAAGCUACAUUCGAUUGGUUCAACAAGCUUUUGGGGGACACGACUGAUGCUGCCUCCAACUAUCCCUCUGAAACUCCAACCACCAUGCAGCCUUCAUUUACUUUUACCCCUUCUCCUGCAGAGACUGCGUCCUCCAUGGCCUCUCUCCCAGAUGCAAGCAGUAACCCACUGUUGCAGAGCUGGAAUCAAAUGCAGAAUCGCCCAAGCCUCCCAUCCUUCCCAGAAUCUGCUAGACUGGCAACCACCCAGGAUCAUCCAUCUCCAAUGACACACGGCCUUCUGGCUGGAAUGGGCUCUUCACAGUCAGGGCCCCUUCCAGCCACCACUAUAGACUCAACGUCCACAGUCAUGUUCAUGGAGCUGGUCCCUGCUUCUUCCAUAAUACCAGCCACCGAAAUGAGGUCAACUUCAGACCUUCCUGAAAAGACAUCUGUCCAAUCCCAAGCCCUAUCUGCCCCAUCCCAUACCCCCAAACGAGAAUUUCAUUUUGGAAUGCUGAGCACUCCACCUUCUAACCCUCCAUCUUCUGCGGCUCCUGCUAUGCCUUCCUCAUCUCCCUUGUUCAUGCCCCUUUCCAUGGCCCCACCUAGCAGCCAGAAGAAAGACAGCCAGCUAUCUGUGCAUUCGUUCCUGAGCACAGCACACUCCAGCUUCACCCUCCCCACGACAACCAUCACCUCGGCCCUGAGCUUCCAGCCUGUCUUUAGCAACAGGGAGCUGCCUCCAUCUAUGCCCUUGUCAGCUCCCUUCUUCAAGCACACAACUAUUCAGGCCAGUCCUACAGUCACAACUACCCCUGUCUUCACUGGCCUGGCCACUGCCACCUCUGCAGUGGCAUCUAUCAGCACAGGCAGUACUUCUGGAGACCCUGCUUUGAAGUCUGCUUUUGGCCAUGGCCUGAGCAGUGUAAACAGCACCAAGAGCAGUGUGAGGCGUAUCACCCCUUCCACUGCACAGCCCUUUCUCUUCGGGGCACCCCCUGCCUCUGGUGCCAGCUUUACCCCAGCCAAGAGCUCCACCUUCCAGGUUGGCAAGCGUACUGCCAAGCGUGUAUCAACCAUGGUCACCACCUCUGGUCAGUCCCCUCUCAGUGCUGUUCAGACAACCAGUAGCAGCAGCUCUGUCGUCUUCCAUGGCUUUGGUGACACCUUGACCACCUCAUCCCCAGCCCCCACCAGCCAGCCAGCACUGAUGCUUAGUAACACAAUGACCCCAGCAUUCAACAUUCCCUUUGGCUCAAGCAACAAACCUCACCUCCCAUCAUUUCCAGGAGCCAGUCCCCAGCCUGCAUUUGGUGCCGCUGAUGGGCAGCCACAGGGGAAUAGCAAACCAGCCCUUACCCCAAGCUCUUUCACAUUUGGAAACUCUGCAGCCCCAGCUCCACUUACAAAUCCAGCACCAACCCCAGGCCAGCCAGCCUUUGGCAGUGCUGCACAUUCAGCUUUCAGAAGUUUGGUAACCAUAGCCUCUGCCUUCAGCACACCUGCCAACACUCAGCCAGCCUUUGCUAGCACCAUGGCUGUUUUCUCCUUUGGUGAAGCCAGCACCUCCAACAUUGGAGCUAUAACCCAAACCAGCAGCAGUUGGCUCAGUAGUUCAGUAUUUGGCCCCUUCUCAUUUGGGGUGUCAGCAGUCCCACUUGGCAGUGCUGACUUUGGGAUCAAUGUGUCUGCCCCAGGCUCCAGCUCCACAUCUGGAGCAUUUGGCUUUGGAGCAGGAAAGAAUAGAACCACAGGCAUUACCACUGUCUUUGGGGGGAGCGUAAGUCAGAGCAUCCCGGGCACACCCAGCCGGACAAGCCAGGUCUUCAGUGUGGCCAGCACUCCUGACAAUAAACCUGUGUUUGGAGCCACCUCCAGUGCCACCUUCCAUCAGAACACCACCACCACUGCAGUGGGCACAUCGGGCAGCAGCCCCUCCUUUGGAGUGUCCUCAACACCCACCCAAGGCUUUGUUGGAGUUGGACCCAUCAGAUUGCUGGUUCCUUCAUUUUCCAUUGGUGUGGGAUCCAAGACCCCUGGGGUUCGGCAGCGGCUGCAGGCCCGAAGGCAGCUUACCCGCAAAAAGUAG